ACAAACUCUGCUCACCAUCGAUGGCAUACUUGGUUGCUAUCCAAAUUGUUAUGCAGUAAUAUGGGUGUGGUGUAAAAUUGUUGCGCCCAUGUUACGAGACGCCGAUCCCAAGAAUGUGGAAUUGGCUAUGGAUUGUUUUCGUUCACGCGUACUAGUAAAUAUGCGUGGCAUUGAUCAAUCAAAUCAAGCAGAGCACUUUAUGCCAUGGGUUAUCAUACGCACGAUGCUGUCAACGCAGCCGCGUCUAUAUUUGCAGAUGUGCUUCCACAUGGCGCUGCAGCAGCGAAUGCUUAACCCGCAAAUGGUCAGCAUAAACGAAUCUCACCUACUAACUUCAAAUUCCACUGAAGCCUGGAUUGUACUCAAUUUCAUUUCAGGCAAGAUAAAGAGUAAGGAGCCGGAUGCACUGGUGCAUCUCUUCACGUCAUUGAAAUCG